GAGCAUCUCCCCUCCCAUCAGCCACGCUGACGCCCUUGCUCACCAUGGGCAGGGAGCGGCUGUUGCUGAAGUCCCUCUGUCUUCCUCCCUACCAGGAGUCCAGCCAGGUGCGGGAGCUCUCCAUCAGCCUCUUCAAAGACGUGAUGAAGAGUGUGGUGGGGAGAGACAAGAAAAAGAUGAAGAACAAAGUGCAGAGGGUCCUGCUCCCGCUGUUCCUCCAUAUGAGCGACCAGACGGAGAGCGUGGCCAAGGCAUCUAGGGACACCCUCGUCGCCUGUGCAGAGUUCCUGGAGUGGAGGAAGCUCAGCGACCUGGCCGAGACAUAUCAGACACACCUGAUUGGAGAGUGCUUGUUACGGCACGACAGGAGGAGGGUGGAAGAAUACCUGUUUCAGAGCCUGCCGUACCUGAGGGACAGUCAGGCCACCUUGCGAAAGGCGGCUCUCAGGUUCAUCGGGCUUGCUGCACAGCACCUGAGGAACCUAAGCAAGAGGGAGCUGUGGGAUAUCUGCAACGCCCUCCUGCCCUUAGCGAAAGACACUGAACUCUCGGUCCGCUCCCUGGCAGCUCAGACCAUCUACAUCGUGACACGAGACAUGCCAACAUCUGGAUGGAGCCUGCGGUCGCUGUGCUGCUGGCCCUGCUGAGCCUUGCAGAGAUUAAAUUCUCCUCUGGAAAAUGGCCGUGUUUGAUUAAUACUUUUUUUUUAAUAAAGCUGGAACA